CUGGUGACAAUCAUUGAUCACAACUUCCCUCGUGGGACCUCAGCCCCUCACGUGAACGCUGGCAAACUGGCGCGUUCCACCCCACGGGACCACUUCACGCCGUGGGACCCCUCCACUGCUGCACUCUUUCCCUUCAACUUUGACCAUGACCUUCCCGCGCCCAUCUUCACCAUCGGCACCGAUGACGCGGAGGCGACGGGAGUCGCUGAGCUGCCUUGGAACCGUGCCAGCCGCAGAGAGUGCCGAGAUGUUGGUACCAUCACCGAUGUGUCCCUCAGUGAGAAUGUGCCCGAGGUGGAGAUUAUCAGCCUCCUGGAGGAGAGUGUCCCACACUACAGGCUGCGGGCGGACACCAUUUACGGCUACAGCCACGAUGACUGGCUGCUUACCCCCCUGGUGCCCCCCGAGGUCCCCCUCAGCCUCACUCCAGAGCAGAUCGAGGAGACCUUCAAAUACUUCUUGCUGUGUGCAGACCGGGUGGGUCAGGUGACCAAGACCUACCAUGACAUUGAGGCAGUAACGCACCUACUGGAAGAGAAAGAGCGAGACCUGGAGCUCGCUGCUCGCAUCGGCCAAUCACUGCUCAAACAGAACCACAGCCUCACCCAGCGCAACGAGGUCCUGGAGGAGCAGCUACAGCAAACCCUGGAAGAGAUUUCGCAGCUGAAACACGAGCUGUUGAUGAGGGAUGAUCUCCUGCAGCUGUACACGGACACCACGGAGGACAGCGACCCCAACCCUACCCACUCCACCGCGCUCCCAUGGAAUGCAUCGGCUUCAUCACUGCACAGCUUUGUGCAGCUGGAUUUUCUACAACAGAAACUGCAGGGACUGGAGGAGGAGAACAGCAGACUGCGACAUCAGGCCACACAGCUGACCACGGAGACGUUGGAUUAUGAGGAGCAGGAAGAGCUACUGGUCAUGGACUGCGUGACGGAGUUGGGACUCUCCAACAACCAGCUGGCGAUGGUGUCUGAGGAGCUGGCGCGCAAGGUGGAGGAUUGUACCCGUCAGCAGGAGGAGAUCAGCCGGCUGCUCGCACACAUAGUCAACCUGAAGCAGAAGUGUAAAGCCUGCACGACGGAGAACGAGGAGCUGAGUCAGCACAUGGCGUCACUCCGGGGGUCCAGAGAACAACUCAAAUCUGAGCUUUGGGAGCUGAAGGAGCGCUAUGCUGAGUGCAAGGGAUUUCUACAGGAGGCUCAGGAGGAGAUCAAGAACCUGCGGAACAAGUGUAUGCCCAACAGCUCCAUCAACCGCUACCACACCGUGCCUGUCUUCCCCAUGGAUUCGAUCGCAGCUGAGAUUGAGGGAACAAUGAGAAAAGGUCUACAUGGGGACAGUGCUGCCCUGCUGGAGAACGUUAACUGCAGCCGCCGGGUGUUUGAGACGGUCCGAGCCGCUAACCAGGCGGGGAAAUCCCGCUCCCAGUUGCCUCAGAAUAUUCCAGGCUCCAGCCACUCAUCAGCCGCUCCCUCGCGGGUCUCCAGCCGCAUCACCACCCCCAGGACCAGCUUCUACGGUUCGGAAUCAUCCAUUGAGGUUGCGGAGGAUAAAACCCCGUCGCUCAACGAUGAGAACAAGGAUGCGGAGAGGAAGCUUGGAACGCCAGGAACACCAGGCUGCCGGGACCUGGAGGUGGCCCUGCAACGCCUCUCCCUGAGCCGGGAAUCUUCGUGCUAUGAGAGUGAACGAGAGCACAAGCUGACGAUCCUGGCCAGUGACGGACCGGCCUCCCCCGCAGACAGCUUCCUGUCCAUAGGAACCAAUUACUCUGGAAGCUCCGGCUUCUCCCUCAGCUCUCGCUCCCUCCUCCCCGAAAAGCUAAAGAUCGUCAAACCACUGGAAGGUUCGGUGACCCUUCACCAUUGGCAGCAGUUAGCUCAGCCCCACUUUGGGGGGCUGCUGGAGUCCAGACCGGGGGUUCUAACCAAAGAUUUCCAGCUGCUGGAGCUGGACAUGGAGCAGGUUUACAAUCUGGCUGAUCUGGAGGAGGAUGAAGCUGACAUGGCCUUGUACCAGAAGCUGUUAUCACUACCCACAGACCCCAGCCCCAACUCCCAAGGGUACCAGUCUGGAAACCUCCUCCCUGCCACCCAGUACACCUGCACCAUUACUACCUGCCGCAUCCUGCAUCCUUUGGACGAGAUGUCAGUCGUCACGUCCAGUCCCAAUUACACAUCCAUCCCAUCCUGUGGGAAUUUAGAUACACUGAAACCUACCACAGUGAGGCCUGCUCCAUCCUAUGGGAAUCUUACCACAAUGAGAUCUACUCCAUCCUAUGGGAACCUUACCACAAUGAGAUCUACUCCAUCCUGUGGGAGUUUCGACACAUUGAGACCUAUUCCAUCCUAUGGGAAUCUCACCACAAUGAGAUCUACUCCAUCCUGUGGGAGUUUCGACACACUGAGACCUAUCCCAUCCUAUGGGAAUCUUACCACAAUGAGACCUACUCCAUCCUAUGGGAACCUUACCACAAUGAGAUCUACUCCAUCCUGUGGGAGUUUCGACACACUGAGACCUAUUCCAUCCUAUGGGAACUUUACCACAAUGAGACCUACUCCAUCCUGUGGGAGUUUUGACACACUGGGACCAGUCCCAUCCUAUGGGAAGUCUGACACACUGAGAUCCACCCUCUCCUGUGGGAACCUCACCACACUAAGACCUAUCCCAUCCUGUGGGAAUUUUGACACAGUGAGGCCAAUCCCAUCCUGUGGUUUUGACACCCUGAGAUCUAAAUCAGCCUAUGGAAAAGUUGACAAGCUGAGGUCUACAACAUCUUGUGGCAACUUUAACGCUCUGCGGCCUACAUCAUCUUAUGGUAACUUUGAGCCUCUGAGAUUUGCCCACCGAACACCCCGUCAAAAGCGUUAUCCGUCUGAGUCGUCCACAAAUUCACGGGAACAUACGACCACAAUGAGCACAUCUCUGGGAUUGGUAACCUUGUUAAAGGAGCAUGGGAUAUCUGCCGCUGUGUACAACCCAGCAAGCUGGGACACAGGAAAGAGUGUGGGUCAGAAUGAUAUUAUUAUUCACUACCAACCUGGGGAUAGUCUGUCCUCUUUCCCACAGCCAGGGGCACAGGUGAUCCAUUCUUCUGCCUCCCCCUUUGGACUGCAAUUGAUCAGCCUGACUGACAGACCUUUCCUGACUUCCAGUAUGGCCAGGUCCAUGAUGAAGGAGGUCAGUGGGGUAGAGGAACAGGCGAGUUUGAAUAAGAGCAAGGCUGAGAAGAAUAUCUUCAGCUUCAACUUGGUGGAAAAGCUAAAGAGACUUGGUUUAGACAAAGUGGUGGAACGAGGAGUGGUUCCUUCAGAGAACAAAGCAGUGAAGAGACUGAACAGCACAAGCAGCAGAGAGACAGUGGGACCAGUGGUGACAUAGUUCUGUUCAUUGAGCGGCAGGAAGAAAAUAAAUAGGAGCAAACGUGUGAACUGAACAGCCGGUUCGAUUACCAAACCUUUCCCAUCCACUUACAUCACAUUUCAGAAAGGAAGGGAAUUGUGUGUUUGUCAGAGGUCCUGCUGGGCAGGCCGACCUGGGUCCAGUUUACUCAGCAUAUUUUACUGUACGUGAAUCAGAUUCUAGUUGGUAAUUUAAUUCCUACAAUUAUAAAGGGUAAUUUCAGGAAAGCCACCUGGAAUCGACAUUCACAAGGAUUAAUGCUUUGUGUGUAAGCAUUUAUAGCCAUUCAUUAAGUGGGUUCAAGGGCAUGUUUACCAUCAGGGUGCCUGUGCCUGUCUCAUCCCUACGUAGUGAGUAACAGGGAUAUUACUUUAUGUGACUUGCAAUUUACCCAUUAUUAUAGCGAAUUAUAUUUUCAAGGAUUGAUUGAAUCAGUUGUGACCAAUAUUUAAACUAGGGCUAGGGCUCUAAUUAAGAGAAGACAACUCUGUAGAUAUUAAAAUACAAUUUUAAAUGGGAUUGAAAAUGUGAACCCAGAAGAAUACUUUGGGAUGCACGAAAACAGUAGAACAAGAGGCCACCGGUUUAGAGUUGUAAAGGGCAAUUUCAGGACAGCUACCAAGAAGUAUUUAUUUCCCCAAAGGAACAUUAAUGACUGGAACAGGUUGCUUGGAAGGGUAGUUGGGGCCAGAACAUUGGAAUGAAUUAAAAAAACAGCUUGAUGUUGUGAUGGAGGUCAGUAGAGAGGGAUGAAAUCAGAUGAGCAGAAGGGUUUUCUUCAUCUGAACUAAUCUUGUGAUCCAUAGUAGAGAUGCGUUACAUUGUGCUGUGGGAGGGAACGACAUCCAAAUUCAAGUUGUCUCAAUCGCUGAAUCUGAUCAAUUAAGAAUCAACUCCAGAACUUACCUCUCUAUGUCCCUGAGCUCAUGGGGGGGGGAGGAGAGGUGGAGAGAGGGUGUCAAAAAUAACAGCAACUCGCAUUUAUACAGUACCUCACUGUCCCAUGGUCUCUGAUUAGUACAGUGACAAUGUCAGAAUAGUAUAAUAAAUCAUGUGUUUGAUAUCCUUUACACGUCAUCAAAACGUCUCAAAUACCUCACAAAAUUUACAGUAAUGUGCAGCAACUGUGUACUUUGUAUUUGAACGCAGCAGCCAAUUUACACACAACAAAAUCCCCAGACAGCCAUGAAGUGAGUGACCAAUUUUAUCUGGGGGAUUGGUAGAGAGAAAUUCCUUUCUCAUUUUGAAUAGCGCCGCGGGAUCUUUAACGUCCUCCUGACCAGGCAGACAGGACCUCGGUUUAACGUUGCAUCCAAAGGAUGGAUUGUGGAAAGAGGCACAACAUCAGGAAAAGAGUUUUAAGUAGAAUUAAAGGGACCGUAAGGUAUGGAUCAGGCCUUUUGGCCCUACAACCACAUGAAAUUCCUCCCCCUCUGGUCCCUUCUCCCUCAUGGCUUGAUGUCAGGAAGAGCAAAACCUUUUUAGCAGCAGCAGGUUUCACAGUGAAGCGAGACUCUGCUAUGUGUCAGUGCAGUCAGGCUCUGCACUGCCCCGUCUCCAUCUCUCGCUCACUUUCUCGCUUUACAAUCAGACAUGGAAAUUGCCACGUUUGACAAACGGAUUCCAGGUGAGACAGCGACCCAGAGUUUCUCCCCCGUUCUUUAUCUGCACUUGUAAUGCAAAGUAACACAAUGUAAUUUAGUGUGAAAUAGAUGUGAAAUAUUGUUUGGGGAUUGUAAUUACACAAAUUCCUCACUGCUUUGGGCUGUUUGAACAUCACAGAUACUAGACGCUCACCAGGGAGACUCAGUGUGUCGGCAGCAGAGUUGAUCCUGUAAAUGUUUGUAAAAAGAAAUAAAGGAAAUAUAACUGUCCAUUGACAAGGCAGAUAAUCAGG